AUGAGGAUUGAAUACUUCGUGGCUGACAACUGGCUGACUGAUGAGUGGAGAACAUUCUACCUUGAGAGUGAAUUAAAAAAGUAUGAAAACUAUGGUGUAAUGGCAUUUGCUUCUACUCAAAUCCGCAACUACACCACGAAUACAAAUUUCGACUACUCCACCCCCCCAUCACCCCUCUCUAGGUACACACUCCGACUCUCCGGAUACUUUGGCGAUUCCGGAUACGAUAUAAUGAGUAGGACGGAUUUUGGCGGCGUUUUUAUGCAGAACAACAUGCCGUUCAGCACGAUCGAUAAGGACUCUACCGGCUUGAUCAAGUGCUGCUCCGUAUUCCAAACAGCCGGAUGGUUCAGCUCCUGCUGUCAUAUCGAUUUCUUUGGCUCUCCUAUCGGUUUCGAUACUUUCGCCUUUAACGACUGGUUUCAGAUCCAAGCUCUCAGGAUGUCUAUCAGACAGUAUUGA